GGCCAGGCUCCACGCAACUGCUCAUCCUCCACCUGGCUGCCAGGGGGCGCUAGUCCAGAGCAGGGGCUAGGAUGUCGCAGAAAAACAAACUGAACUUCGUUGCUGAGGACCAGAUUUGGAAAGAUCACCUUGAAACAGAACUCGAAGCGGCGCGGAAAUGGCCAAAACGUUGGGGAUUUCUCACCAUGCCAACUGAAGAGUUGAUAAAAGAUGAAAAAAAAAAGCCUCCUAAGCCUAAGAUCCCGCUUCCGGAACACUUGCAAAUCCGACCUGUGACACCGGUGGGAAAAUAUAUUAAGAUAGAGCCAUCUCCUCCUAUCCCUAAAACAACUCAGGGGUUUAUCGGCUGGAGAUCAACUGUACCAGGUUUGGAACUUGAACGUUAUUAUCAGAUCAGAAGCUGCAAAGGUGCUUUUCAUAAGGACUUGCAGUGGCCCAAUGAACCAACUGAUUAACCUUGAUGAAGAAUAUCUAGGCCUCUCUCCCCGCCCCCUCUCUCUCUUUGUUCACUCAAACAUCUCCCCCAUUUGACAGGGAAAUAAUGGAACUAAAAUACAAUUGUACCUCAGUUCAUCAGUGCUUUGUGUAAGGUUUAUCUGGUCUUACUACUAUUGUAUUAAAAUU